GUAGGAAGAGCGAGCGCUUCACGGCGACGCUUCAGAAGCGUGACGCAGAUCAUCGGCUACUGUGUACCUGUACGGCUCUCGUGGUGGACGGACGACCGACGGAUCACCACUUUCAGUACGCCUUUCGCUCGUGUCGCACGUCGUUCGCGCAUUGAACGUCCUCAGGGCAGUGCAGUGCUACUACUAAAAAAAAAAACAAAACAAAAAACAAAAAAAAAACUAGUGUCCUACGGAGCCUGUUUCCAUUCUCCGGUGGUGUGUGUGGGUGUUUGUGAAAAAAACAUACCGAUACCGGUGUUAGUAGUUCAGCGUCCUGGUGGAUCGGUGCAACACCGGCAGCUUCUUUUCAAACGCAAGGGGUAGCGCGCUGGCACGAUCAACCUGCCUUCCAGUCCGGGUCCUCAAAAUUAUCGCUUCAAUCUACCACCGGAUCUCUGCUGAUCGGACCACGCACGUCAAGUCUUUCUGAAUAGCCCUGAACUGAACGGCUAAUGGAUAUAACGCACUAGGCCAGUGCAGCGAGCUAGUUGUUGGUUUCGUAGCAGCCCGACAGCCUCACAGUGAUGCCGCCCGGCCGCCCGGACAUUCCCACGAGGUCGCUCCUUCCGACGCGUUCCGGCGCCCUGCUAAACGAGUCCUUACUCCCGCCUGUUGGCACCACGCCAACCGUCAAUGGUACGGGCGAGCUGUUGCUGUUACUGCUGCAGCAGGUGACCGAGGCGAACCCGGUGACGGAGUCGGAGUACGGCGGUGGUGGUGGUGGUGGUGGUUCGAUGGCGGGCGAGGAGAUGAGCGAACUGCACGGUCCGAAGCGCGACCCACUGUACGUGGUGAUCCCGAUCACGAUCGUCUACCUGCUGAUCUUUGUGAUCGGUGUGGUCGGCAACAUCAGCACCUGCAUCGUGAUCGCCAAGAACAAAUCGAUGCACACCGCCACCAACUACUACCUGUUCAGCCUGGCCGUGUCCGACUUUGUGCUGCUGAUCUCGGGCGUACCGCAGGAGAUCUACUUCAUCUGGAGCAAGUACCCGUACGUGUUCGGCGAGGUGUUUUGCGUACUGCGCGGUAUCGCCGCCGAAACGUCGGCCAACGCGACCGUCCUCACCAUCACCGCCUUCACCGUGGAGCGGUACGUCGCGAUCUGCCACCCGUUCCUGUCGCACACGCUGUCGAAGCUGUCCCGUGCCGUCCGCAUCAUCGUCGUGAUCUGGGUGAUUGCGGUCGUGUCGGCGGUCCCGCAGGCGCUGCAAUUCGGCAUCACCAACCAGGCCGGCAUCGACCAGUGCGUGGUGAAGCGCAUCAUCAUCGCACACUCGUUCGAGCUGUCGACCUUCCUGUUCUUUUUCGCCCCGAUGACGCUCAUCACCGUGCUGUACGCACUGAUCGGGCUGAAGCUGCGCUCGUCCGCGCUAAUGCCGACCCGGGGCAGCUCGCUGCAGCACCGCACCAGCAGCACCCUUUCGCCCAUCCAUCGUCAAUGCUCCACCGCCAACAGCCAGUGCACGCGGCGAGUGCUGAAAAUGCUCGUGGCCGUCGUGGUAGCGUUUUUCCUCUGCUGGGCCCCCUUCCACGCCCAGCGGCUAGUAUACAUCUACGGUGUCGACAAGGACCACCAGCCGUCCGAUCCGUUGGUGCUGAAGCUGUUUGUCGUGACGACGUACAUCUCCGGCAUCCUUUACUACCUGUCGACCUGCAUCAAUCCGCUGCUGUACAAUAUUAUGAGCAAUAAGUUCCGGCAAGCGUUCAAGUCGAUUUUAUUUAGGAGACGCUGUCCAACUGCUGUCAUCUUGCGCCGGCAAAGAGCAAGGAGCGAUCAUACCGAAUACUGCCUCAAGGACAGCGUAGUGCCGCUUCAGCUAAGGAAUCGUCCGAUGUUUCAGCGUCACAAAACUGAAUUUGCCACGCCAUUGAACGCAGGUCUAGGCUUUGAUGAAAUAAAUAAGAACGCCGUCAUAAAUGAGAACGCCGGUCAAAACGUGUUGGGAAUCAGCGAAGUGCUGCGAAGAAAUGUGUUGUUGAGGUUUUCUCUUCAUGUAUCCUUUAGCAGCUAUAUAGCUGUACUUCUUAACUAUAUCUCAGUGCUUCUAUAUGCCCAUACAUGUCAUGUAUGCGCUCGCGUGUGUCUGUUUGUGAGGCCAGGCCCGAAUUUGCCGGCAAACUGCAUAUACCUGUUUUCAAGUGAAAAAUAUGUGCUAUUGGAAGCCAACAGCGCCUGA